AUGAAAGCAACAUCUUGUCACCAUUGCCGUGAGGCCAAGAGGCGGUGUGUAAAGCGGACGAUCGAUUCGCCGUGCAAUACCUGUCAGCGCAAGAACCUAGCCUGCUCCUCGCACGUCAUCUCACAAACCACAUCUGCACCCAAACAAAAUCACAAAUCUGUCCUAGAGCUGACCGAUGAGUUGGCUAUUGAGUUUGUGGAGUCUUAUCUGACGCAUCUUGACGGCCGGGCCCAUAGUAUUUUCCAUCCAGAGACGCUUCGGAGACAAGUUCGCGAUAAAGAAAUUGGAGAUGCCUUGCUCUACUCUAUAUGUGCUACAGGCUCAAAGUUCUCAACCAAGACUGAUCAUCGCGCCUUGGAGAGUCCGUUGACAAAAGAGGCGAAGAGGCUGGUGCAGGCAGAUCUUGAGAAUGUUUGUAUUGAGAAUGUGCAGACGUGUAUUCUUUUGUCACUUCUUAGCGCUGGGAACUGCCAUACUUCUUCAGAGACGUUAUUUCUCCGAAUUGCGAUUGGUAUGGCUGAGGUUCUUCAACUCAACUUCUCGGCGGAUAACCCAAGUAUUGAGAGUGAGACGGCUCUUAGAAUUUGGUGGUCGCUUUAUAUACUCGAUCGUUGGUGCUCUUCUGGUCUUGGAAUACCCCGGCACUUGGACAAUCCCCAAUGCCCUGAUUCAUCUCCUCUGCCCAUUGAUGAAACGUCCUUCAAAUGCCUCGGCCAUUCAUCGUUGCAUCAAAAUUCGAAUCGAACUCCGGGCAUAUUUGCACAUAUGGUGACCCUUAUCCAACACUUUGGUCAAAUCCAAGGCGUGAACCGCGCUAUGGCCAAGGGAGAUAUGGCACCGAAGGUCAAAUGUGAUGCUAUCAAACUCAUCGGCCAGAAGCUCGAAUCAUGGAAGGCCAGCCUGCCAGGAAAUAUGCAGAUGACGAUCCAGAAUAUCUACAGCUACCAACAAAACGACCUUGGAGGACAUUUCAUUGGUCUUCACCUCGUAUUCUACCACCUCUCCGCACUGGUAUACUUCAACUCCCUCGAGACCAAAGAGCAAUCAUACAUAGGGCAACAAGAUCACGUCGCGCUGUGCAAAUCACAUGCUUCGUCUUUCAGCAGUCUGUUACACACCUCCCGACAGAUGACUGGAUGUCAGCAGAACUACCCGACUGUUGGACACAUGACAACCGUGGCGUCGGCUGUUCUUCUGCAUACGAUUUUGUUAGGAGAACCAGAGGAUAUUCCAAAAGCGCGACAGGAAUUGAACACGAAUUUCGAGGCGCUGAUUGAACUUGGACAGUACUGGCCAGCCACGGAAGCCAUGAUAAAUAGACUGAUGACGUUCCAAAAGCUUUGUCUUUUGUCGACGGAAAGUCACAAAUUGGAUGGAUGGAUGGUUAGGUUCUUGCUCGAACAUUCUCUUGGACUAAUGAAGAGGGAUUUGCCCAUCAUGCCACAAACAUUGGACAUCGAGUCGGAAGAUUUUACGACAAGGACGGAUGAGCUCUUGCAACAGGGCCGAUAUACCGACUUUGACAUAUUCAACCAGCCUCAGAGUUUCUGA